AUGGAGGCGUCGACCCAACGAGGAAGGCACGACUGGGCCCAGGAAAGAGACACGCUGAACCUGACCUUCGCCCUCCGCGGCGGGAGGCGAGGCGGCAUCGCCAGGACAGCCGAAGUCUUCGAGAUGUUUGAAGCUAAAAUCAAUCACCUUGAAACUAGACCAGCUAGAAUGUCAAAACACACUGCAGAGGACCUCGAUUGUUUUGUGAGAUGUGAAGUUCUGACCUGCAAGAUCAGCAGCCUCAUUAAUUCCUUAAAGAGGGUGGCAGAAGAUGUUAAAACUAACAGAGAAGAAAAGGCCCCAUGGUUCCCAAAGAAAAUACGAGACCUUGACAAGUGCCAUCACCUGAUCACCAAAUAUGACCCUGAUUUGGAUCAUGACCAUCCGGGGUACACAGACCCAGAAUACCGGAAGCGGAGGGCCUUUUUUGCUGACCUGGCCUUUAACUUCAGACAGGGUGACCCAUUACCAAGAGUUGAGUAUACUGCCCAAGAAACUGCUACAUGGAAAGAAAUCUAUCAGAAGCUUAGCAGUCUGUACCCCACCCAUGCCUGUAAGCAGUACCUGGGUGCCUUCUAUCAGCUUGAAAAAUACUGUGGAUACCAAGCAGACCAUAUCCCACAACUAGAAGAUGUGUCUGUGUUUUUAACAGAAAGAACAGGCUUUAAACUGAGACCAGCUGCAGGGCUUCUGUCGGCUCGUGAUUUCCUUGCCAGCCUGGCAUUCCGCGUCUUUCAGAGUACGCAGUACAUAAGGCACUCAUCGUCUCCAAUGCAUUCCCCAGAACCUGAUUGCUGUCAUGAACUGCUGGGCCAUGUUCCUAUGUUGGCUGACAAAGAAUUUGCCCAAUUCUCACAGGAUAUUGGACUGGCUUCUCUUGGAGCAUCAGAUGAAGAUAUAGAAAAACUGUCAACACUGUAUUGGUUUACAGUGGAAUUUGGUCUCUGUAAACAAAAUGGAUCCAUCAGAGCCUAUGGGGCAGGUCUCCUUUCCUCCUAUGGGGAGCUGAUGGUGAGUUUAAAUAGUUGA